UUGGCUGGAAAAUCUCAAAGGGCAUUUACAUAAUCCAGAUAGAAAGCCCGAUACGGUGGGCGCAGACAUUAAAUGUUUCUGCGUGUUGCUUUCUCUAUAUAGUUAGAAACCAAAUUAACUCUUCGGUCCUUUAGCUUGAACAUGAGGACAUUUUUAUAUUAUUUUUCGAAAUAUGAAGAUGCUUGUUAAUUUCAAGGACAGUUGGAGGAUUUCAGCCUUAUAGAUCGUUGUAAUUUAUUCAAACUACAACCAUUGUGAACAUGUAAUUUCCGAGCUUGAUGAUUUCGGAAUAGGAAGCCUACAAGCCUACGUACCAACAAGCAGUCUGCUUAUUGCAGACCGUCUGUACUUUUCUUGUUUGCAAUUCAGGAGACAUUAUCACCAGAAAAGCCGAUGCAAUAACAUCUCGGAAACUCCCCGGCGUUUUUCACACAUCUGCUAUAAAAGUACGAUGGACAAUACAACUGAAAUACUGUUUGUUCUACAAGGACUGAAUGAGACAGUAUCAACCAAACGCACAUACUUCAUCCUCAUUCUUCUUGUUUAUAUUUUUACUCUUGUAGCGAACCUGACUUUGAUUGUGACGAUUAUUUCGGAGAAAACGCUCCAUGAGCCCAUGCUUGUAUUCCUGUGUAACUUGUGUGUAAAUGGUAUAGUUGGUGCCUCUAUAUUGUAUCCUAAAAUAUUGGUGGACCUUUUAUCCGACUUGAGCGUUAUUUCGUAUAAAGCGUGCCUGGGUCAAAUUUUUGUAGUAUACAGCUACAUAUACUGCGAAUAUAUUACGUUAGCAGUAAUGGCUUACGACAGGUUUAUUGCGAUAUGCAAGCCGCUCAAUUACCACUCCAUCAUCACGCCUCAGAAGGUGAUGAAAUUACUGUUAUUUACCUGGCUUACAUCCAUCUGUGAAUCAGUUGUUGUGGUGGGCCUGAUAGCCAGACUGCCCCUCUGUGGAUUCAACAUCGAAAAGAUGUACUGCACAGCCUGGUCCGUGGUAAAGCUGUCAUGUGUGGACACCUCUAUCAACAACAUAGUCGGGUCCGUUCUCAUUGUUUUCCAAAUUUUGCUAGCAUUGUACAUCGCGAUUUCCUAUAUUUUUAUCGUCCGAGCAUGUGUGCGAUCACCGAAAGAACGGAGUAAAUUCAUGCAGACCUGUUUGCCCCAUUUAAUUACACUGUCCAACUUCUUUACCGCGCUGGGUUUUGAUCUCAUGUACACUCGUUUUGGUCCCACCGACCGUUUGCAUGCUCUCCGCAAUUUCAUGUCCCUGGACUACCUCAUUGUUCCACCGCUCCUAAAUCCCCUAAUUUAUGGCCUGCGACUGAACCAGAUUCGCCGGAGAAUCUUUAGGAUUUGCCACCGGAAAACACAUGCUCUGAAGUGAAUAUUUGUACUUUGUCCAGGCAGGAAAAGCAAUAUCCCCCUACAAAUGUUUUCAUAAAAAUGACUACAGGACAAAAAUAAUCUCUGAACAGCGACACUAAAGGAUUCCAAGAUGCAGCACAUUUUUAGAUCCGAGAAUUAAUAUAAGCCCAUCUGGGUACAGUAGCCUUGUUUGGUUUACAUUACUUUUUUUUAGUUUGACGCAAAACUUUGUUUGGCAUGGGUUGUGUUGCCUUGUGCAUGAACAGGUUGCCCUUAUUGUACAUUUGGAGCUGGAAAACCCAUACAGAUGCAAACUGUGUUGACACUGCUAUUCAUAUUCCAGAGAGUAAAACAUGUAGAUUGUAUUUUAAACUGCAAUGAUAAAAAUACAAUUCAUAAUGUUCCUGUGUUUCUCUUAGAUAUUUACAAAAAUAUCACCAUAUAUAUAUGUUUCAUUAAUAUGGCAUUAAAUAUGUAGAAAAAUGUUUUUAAUGAGGUCUGUUGUUAUUUACCUUUUUGAAUGUUGGUGUUCAGUCAGUGUUGGGGAAACAGUCUCUGCUAUCAUUCUUUUCUCUCUAUCUUAUGACGCAUUGUGCAGACAGACGCAGCCACCUCAAGUCCAGAUGAGGUAAUCAGCAGAAAGUUUUGUUUGAAGAUCAGAGAGGUGAGAAGUUAUUGGAGGACACAUUCUAUGAGCGUGACCAAACUGUGGGGAUUCUGAUUGUAGCCAAUAACAGAUGGAUGUAUCAGACAGUUCAGAGUUCUCUUGGACUGCCUAUGAGGAGCUCUCCCUGUGUGCUCAUUGGUCAAUAAAUGUCACUUAU